AUGACCACCAAGCAAGAUUCUCACGCGAACUACAUUAGGAUCGGAUCAGGAGCCUGUGGCACUGUCUGGGCUAAAAGUCUCGACGGCCCUGCAAUCAAACGAGAGGAUGGAGGGCCGUCCCGGUCACUCGCAAACGACUUUGUGAUGCACAAGCGAGCACUUGACACUUUUCUCAAAUUAUCACGCACUAAGAUCUGCAAUCAGGAUCAGCUCAUACAGCCUCAAAAUCUCACGCGUUUCCCACUCGGAUACUCACCCUGUAAUGCCAUCUCCUCCGAACGUAUCCCACCGUUUCCUGAGAAUGUAAGGGCACUUCUCGUAGAGAGAUACUGUCCUCCAGAAAUCAGCAACCAGAUACUGUCUAGUACAAGCAACCAAGCCUGCUUGAUCAGGCCAUACCUUGGCCGCACACGAACUUACGGAACGGCAAUGAAUGUGAAUUCAAGGUUUAGAGGCUUUUCGCUGCAAAACUAUCCACUCCACCUGGAUCAGAUUGUUGAACUGGGGAUUCCUUCCGAUCACAUCGAAUGCUAUGCUGCCAUGAUGGGAGAAGCAUUAGCCACACUGCAUUGGCUGGGCGAGAUUGACGGGAACGAUAUCGAAUUUGUUCUGGCUCCACCGUCAACCUCGGACGAUGACAGCACCACUGCCGUGACGAAUGUGUUGGGAAAUCACACCCUGUGGAUGCUAGAUUUUGAUCUUUGUGGUUCCAUUUCUAUGGAUCUUGAAGGUGUCAAGCAAGCUGCCAAGGCGUUUCACAGAAAUGACCCCUUCUAUCCACGACCGCACACGACACUGUGGAUUGUCUUUCGCCGACAGUACUUGCAGACCUCUGUGGAUUUGGCACAUAAACUCUAUAAGGAUGAGACAGAGAGUCGACUUGGCCUUGCCAAGCAGUUCAUUGAAUAUAUCGAGAUAACGAAGAAAUGAAUACCGUGUUUGCAGCGAAUGCAGGCUUGAACCUAGCGCAGACUAGACAGAUCCUGGCUGGAAAUAUGCUGUCACUCAGUAGAUCUAGCAACUUUACAGUCGACACAUAAGCGAUACUUCGUUAGUUCUGAGAGAACUAUUGCCAGGUAACUUCAUGACUAUCGAUAAGGCACUGAUUUCCUGAUAGUGUGGGCCAUGAUAACGUUCCUGGUGAUAUCCGUCGAGACGUGGUUCUGGAAAGUCAGAUGGGAAGAAAAUCCAAAAAAAAAAGCCGAUGCUUUAACAUCUGGAUUAACA